AUGGAUCAUGCUGAGCAAGGAGAGUUCUGGAUGUCGAUGCCUGUUGUCUUGCCCUCUUCACCACAACCAUCACCAGCAUCACCAGUAGAGCCACUGGACCUUAGGGAUAUUGGCGACCUGCCUGUGAAACUAGAGCUACGGUAUGCUAUAGAGUCGAGAAGAAACGAGAAAGGUUUAGAUAUUCCACCUACAAUGGUACAGCCAAAGAAACUGAGACUCCAGCUCACUCCAGAAGAAGAGGAAAGGCGAAGAGUCAGAAGACAAAGGAACAAAUUAGCAGCAUCGAAAUGCAGGGUGAAGCGCAAAAAUCAUGUUCGCUGUUUAAUGAAGCAAUCUGACGAUCUUACAAGAGCCAACAACAAAUUAGAAGUAGAAAUUGCUAAGCUGCGUCACGAGAAAGACAAGUUAAUGGACGCCCUAAAAGCCCAUCUUUGCGCUAGAGGUGAACACCACCAAGAGAAUAGGAAACGAAACUCUGCAUAG